AGUUCGCGGAACAGUUAAGAGAAUCGCCGGAACACAUCUAAAAUUCCUUUUGUAUUUUUAACCAACCCCGUAGCGAAUCUAAACCGCCUAGGAAUAAUUUCCGAAGGUUUAAUAAAAAUGUCGGUCGUUGGAACCUGUCCAAUAGUCUAUUUUAUAACGUGCGUGUUGUUGAAAUAUUUUGCAAAGGAUUUCAGUCAGAUAUUUGAUGCGAAACAGGCUAUCCAAAAAAAUUUUUAUCAAGUGCUCUAUAUACAGUUUUGCCUGGCUUUCAGCAGAGUCGGGUCCUUUCUGAAACCAAUAAAUGGCGUAAAAUUGUUUCGUUUGCUAUUGCAGGAAAUGCUCGAGACCCACUACGAUAAAUAUGGCCAUAAAUUUUAUACGUAUCCGGAAUAUUCGAAGAUGUACUACGAUUACGGCAUUAAGGGGCCCCACCUAUUCUGCGAACCUGCUAGAAUCAGGUAUCUGUACAACUGCUAUUGGCCAGAAGGAGCCAGAAAUUUUGUAUCUGCCGAUGCCAAGAUCAGACGCAGCUUGCUAAGAAGUCAAAUGACAGCUUGGAGACAACUCUUUUAGUUUUAAGCAUUAAGCACCAAAUGUUCAUCACUGCGAUAAUACAAUAUACUGAAAUAUAUUUUAAUAAAUAAAUAUUUAUAUAUAAUGUAAUAAAUUUCGUUGAUUCUUUUGUUAACUGUUUAAUAUAUACAUUGAUCA